UAUGCCUAAACAUAAGAAAAAGUCAUCAUCACGGGAUAGUGAUCGAAGCAGAAAAAGAAAAUCGUCACAUAAGCAUAGUGAUUAUGAUAAUUUGAAGAAAAAAUUUAAACUCAUGGAGGAAGAAUUAGAUAAACUACGAAAAAAUAUAGAUCACACAACUAAUAGUGAUGGUGAUAUUGAGUGUAUGGAGGAAGAAAUAUUGGUCACAAAUAGUUCACCUUUGGAUCUUUCUAAUAAAAACGGCGCUGGGAUUUCCAUGACUACCUCGUUUUCGACUAACCGUCCAGUGCUUUCGGACAUUACGCAGGUGCUUAAUGUCGAAACACCAGCUAAUUUACUUACGAAACCAAGUGAAUUAGAAAUACAAGAUAAAGGAUCCACAGAAAUUCUUGAACAUAAUGCACUCAAGUUGGACGUACUAGAAAUUAUUGGAGAAGCUCCAGUUGUUAAACAGGCUGUGUUAAAUGUGUCGUCACACAUAUCAACAAGGUGGUUGAACUGGCUCAAAGUAGGCAUGCAAAAAGGGGCUAAGGAUGCCCUAUUACAGAAAUAUCCGCGAUCAGGGGAUUGUUGUCUGGAAGCUCCAAUUCUCAAUGCUGAGAUUAAGGCAUGUUUACAUGAUCGAGCAUUAAAGAAAGAUAAUUAUUUUGCUACUACGCAAAAUCUUGUUGGCUCGGCCCUAUCAGCGUUAAGCGUGGUUAUUGAACCAUUACUUACACAAAACGGAGAAAUUAAUUCAAAUAAGAUGCUGGAACAUUUAUGGGAGGCAUCACAACUUUUAAUAGAAAUUCACCGAAGUCAGACAGUGGCCAGAAGAGCAUCUAUCUUCACAGUCUUGGAAAAGUCCGUAGUGACUACGUUGGAGAAAAUUGAAACAGAUUCUUUUUUAUUUGGUAAUAAUCUUACUGAAAAAAUCAAGGAAUCAAAAUCGGUUUCAAAAAUUGGUAAUGAGUUAAAAACUCAACCAAAGAAACCUGUGUAUAAGAGAUCUACACCCAAUAAUUUAAACUCGCCAGGCCCCUCAGCAUAUCGUCCGACAACUCAGAGGGGCUGGAAGAGGAAAUACCUACCUUCAAGAUUGUCGGGCCACAGUCAUCGGUCGAAACAACUGCUUGCAUCCACACCCAAACAGCAGUAUCCGAACAAACAAGGGAAUCGCAAAUAAAGGUAAAUAAAAUAGCAGGCCGUCUGAAAGAAUUUGUCAAACAAUGGUCUACUAUUACCUCAGACAAGUUUAUUCUCGAUUGUAUUAGUGGAUAUAAAUUACCUUUUGUAAGAAGGGUUAGACAGGA